AUGACCGUGGGGCGCGUGAACUGCCAGCAACGGCUUCGACAAGAACCGGUGCUGGAGGCGCUCACGGCAGCAGCACGCCUGGGAGCAGGUGGGCGGCUGGAAGAGGAGGCCUGGCGCACCAUGGCGCACAUACUCGGCCUCCCGGAGGCCGCCAAGCGUCUCAGCCAUUUGCGCGAGCACGAGUACGGCAUGCACGGCGUGCUUUCGGCCAUCAAAAAUUUGGCCACUACGGAGGACCUCGAGGAAAUCCGAGAGCUGCCGGCGGUUCUCGAGGAGCUCCUGCAGCUCCCGCCGGCGCUGGCCGUGGCGCCGCUGGGGGCGGCCUGCGCCUCGCUGGCGCCGCAGGCGGCGCCGGGCACGGUGCGGGCGCUGGAUGCGGCGGUGCAGGUCUUGGUGCAACGGCUCCGGGAGCCCGUGGACGUAGACCAGCUCGAGUUCAUCGUGGAUCCCUUGGGGCGGAUCGCCCUGGCGCAGGACCUGUGCGCCGUGGUCUUCACUCAAGAUAUUCCCGCGGGCGCCAGUGGCACCAAUGCCUCGAAUCCCAUCCUGCCUGAAGGUCACGAGCUUGAAGAAGGUGCGCACCCUCCCAUUUUCGCCUUCCCGUCCUUUGCAGCCGACGCAUCGCUUGCCGGCUUGGGCUUUCUUCUUUGGAAGGGCAUGAUGGCUCGAGCGGAGUAUGGGCAAAAUGUCACGAAGCACUUGGCUGGGCUGAGCUCAAAUGGACCCGUUGUCCUUUUUGACAAGCUGAUUCAAGCGCUCAUCAUCUCUCCAAUGGAUAACUACAAGUCUGCGGUGCACACUGCCAGUGCAGAAUCCUGGGAGAUGGGGGUGUCCAGUGAGGUCGAAUCUUUGCCAAAUGGGUUUGUGCAUCGGACACUUCUGAUCUUUGAUGUGGGGAUUACCCGUGCCAUGGAUCUUUAUGGUCAGACGUUGCGAGAACUGCACGGCACACGGCGUUUGCCGGACCUGAACUUGGAGUUUUUGUCGUAUUGGACAGACAACGGCGCAUACUACUAUGGCGAUGCCUGGGGUCAGGCCGGGGGCGGAGGCCCCGAUUGCAACGAGACCUCGAUGCUUCAGGUGGCACAGGGACUGGACCACCAGGGUCUGCUGGACAGUGUGGGUAUGUGGCAAUUGGAUGAUUGGUGGUAUCCAGGUCAUCCGGCCAUAUACGUGCAUUGUGUCUCCAACUGGACUCUAAGCCCGCCCGCCUUCAAUCGAAGCCUCCGGGAGCUCAGCGAAGCCAUCGGAAAGCCAUGGCUGCUGUAUGUGCCGUUUUUCUGCCCGAGCAACGUCUACAGAGACUUCAGGUUUGUGAGGGGAUCGAGCGGUCCCACAGAGUUCGCGCAGCCACAUCCGGAUGAUGCGCUGGAGUUCUACCAAAUGCUGUUCGACGAGGGGCUCCGCAAUGCCAUGGGGGGCUUCGAGCAGGACUUUCUGAACUUCAAUUUCCUAGCCGUGCCCCUCUUCCGGAAGAGCUUCGGCGCUGCCUCCCGGUGGCUGGGAGCUUUGCACCAGGCCGCCCUGGAGCGGAAGGUGCCGGUACAGCUGUGCAUGGCACUGCCCAGCGAUCUCUUGGAAUCCUUGCGAUUCGGCAGUGCCACCAACUUCCGCGCCUCUGGGGAUUAUGCCUCGAAGGACAACUACGAUAUCGGCGCCUCCUCUUUGCUGGGCUUCGCGCUGCAGCUGCGGCCCUCCAAGGACAGCUUUUGGACUCACCGCCCGGUGAGCGCGGUGGAGUCUGGGAAGCCUUGGGGUGUGAAGGAGAACCCCGGAGCCAACUGCGAGCUGAACGCCUUGAUCGCCGCGCUGUCUACAGGCCCUUUGGCCCUGGCCGACAAGGCCGGGGACACCAAUAAGACCCUGGUGAUGCGGUGCAUCCGCGCUGAUGGUCGCAUCCUGCAACCGGACAAGCCGGCCACGAGCAUCGAUGCCACUUUUACUGCCACCGGCCCGGACUCCGGCCGCAUUUGGUCGACAUUCACGGGUCUGGGUGGCUGGAGCUGGCACUACGUCUUGUACAUCGACCUCAUUUCGCCCUGGCAGCUGACUUAUGGCGACUUCUACCCGGAGCUCCAAACUUCUGUGUGGCGCAGGUGGCACGAAGGCCACCAGCCCCGGAGCUGUGCCCACCUGCAGCCAGCAGUGGCCUCGGGGUGCGUGGGCCUGGGCGUGCCGCGCCUGCUGAAUGACCGGCCCAUCAUGGUGCAGAACGACACACGCCGCUUCGACUUGGUGCAGUUUUCGCCCAUCUUCCCCAAUGGAUGGGUCCUACUUGGGGAGGUGGGCAAGUACGUGGGCGUGAGCCGCUGGCGGUUUCUGGACGUGAGUGCUCCCCUCGGCGGACUGGAGCUACAACUGGCUGGAGCUGUGGGGGAAGAGGUGCGGGUGCUGGCGCUGCAGCCUUCGGGCACGAGGGAGUGGACCAUCCUGGAGAAGCAGGUGAAAUUUGAGGGCGCGCAUGCGACGCUGCACUUCGGAGAGACAGCCUUGCAGGAUGCUUGGAAGGACGUGCUUCUACGCCUCAGCACGCCAGAGAUGGCCUCCAACCGCAUUGCGGAGCUGCUGGGCUACCCCCGUCUGGAGAAGUACUGUGUUUGGCUCCUGGCGACUCUCGGGGGAUUGCCCUACGUGGCCAAGGAGCUGCACCAGCAUAUGGCCCAGCAGCCAGCAGUGGAUGCCUGCUUUUGCGCCAUCAUCGACAUUCUGGACGAUGACGUGGACUGCGAGUGGCUGCUGAAGGGCAGGACUGAGACUGUGACCACUCAAGAUGCUCCAGAUUUCGUGAACCUGGUGGUAGCGGCCAUGCAGCAACAUCCGCAGGACGCUUUGGUGCAAAGCCGGGGUUGCCACUGCUUGGCGCUCGUCUUUCAGACCCGCCUGGCGCAGCAUGUGGGAGAGCUGGGACAGGCCUGCAUGGGUCGGAUCCUCACCAUUGUGAAGGAGGCCUACAACAGUCACUACAAGAAAGAGGCCACCGUGCGGGACAUUUGCUAUUUGCUGCGGAACCUGCUGGAGCCGUCGAAAUCCCCACAAUCGAAUGAGGCAGAGUUCCAAGCGCAACGGCAGAUCGCGUGGCAUCUGGUGGAGGAGAACAUGCCGGCGCAGCUUGAGAGCAGUAUCCGACACUUCGCCACCUACACGGAGGGCUACAGGACGGAGCUCUUCGAGUCGGCGCUGGGGGCCUUGGCGCUGCUCAAAGGCGCGGGCGGCGUGCUGACGCUGCUGCGGGACCUCGAGGAGCUGCCAGGCUGCGCCGCCGCCCGCGCCGCUGGCAUCAAGGCGUUGUUUGAGCUGGGCAGCAACAGGCCUUCCCUUCUCACCCAUGCCACCGGCAUCUCCGUGGAGGGGGGCGUGGUGCAGGGCUGCCAGGGCGUCAAAGUGGCCGUGGAGCAGCUCGCGGACGAAUCCUCGGGGCCACAGGCCAUUCUCCUCAGCGGCCUCUGCGCAGCGCUACAAGGCUGCUGA